GGCGCUGCUGAACCCACCACCGCAGCAGCCAGCCAGCCGCAGCCCUCACCCAAAUAUCUUCAGCUCAUCGCUCGCCACGUGUCCACGCUCCACCCCAACCCCUCAUCUCUCUCCAUGGCCGCGCCCGCGCCGCCCACGCCGGCGGCGAGCCCCGCCGCGCGCGCUUCCGUCGUCUUCCCUACCAUGGCGGACAUCAUGUCUGCGUCGCGCGCGCAGGGCCUGCGCGUGCGCCUCACCACGCUCGGCCCCUUCUUCCGCGUCACCGCGGCGCGCCGCGGCGGCGGCAGCGGCGGGGAGGGGGAGACGGAGGAGGUGGAGCUGGGCCGUGCCCAGGGCGUCGUCCGCCCGUGGCCAGGCGGCGCCGUGCUGCACCUCGACUCCAUGAGGAUGUCCCGCGCCACGCUGCAGGUGCCCGACCGGCCGCUGUUCGGGCUCGGCGUCUUCCUCGGCGCCGUCGCCGUGCGCCACGGCUUCGACGCCGGCUGCAAGCGCGCCGAGCUACUUGCCAUCAACGACACGGAUCUCUACCACUCCAAGCUCGUUAGGUUCUAUUCGAGAAUGGGUUUCAAAACAGUGCAUGAGGUAGACGGAUCUUCAAUGAUUGAUCUUGCUCACAUGUUAGUCUGGGGAGGUAGGGGCACAAGAAUGGAUGCUGACAUUGAACAGCUUCUUAUCAAAUGGAGCAAGAGGUUCAGAUCUCAAGACUAGAAAGAAAGUUUCUUUUUGGAACGAGAAAUGCACUUCUUGUAGCAUGCUGAUCUGGAUAGGAUACCUUAUGAGAUAGGAGUUGCGGCCUUUGAUAUUAUACUAUGUGUUCAACUCAACGGCAUGAUUACUGAUAGGAGUAUAUACUUGUUUAUAUCAUGAUGAUUGCCAGAAAAUUCUGAACUGAUAAUCACUUUAAUAUAUAAGAGUAUCAGAAGACAGAACAUAGUGAAGUAACCCGUUUUCUGUAAAAAUCAAGGUAAAGGUGGAUUAAAUGAAAUUCAUACCUGAGGUUCCUUGUAUGCUUAAAGAAAGCAGCAUCAUUAUUUCGAAUCACAAAGUUCCAGCGCUGCUAUGCCGUUUCAUCUUUUUGAACCAGUUUGGUUAUGCAACAUCAAAUUACACUCUUGAAAUAGCUUCAUCAAAUAUUCAGAUCGACGAUGGUAACUGGUGAAAUUGCCUGUCCUAGUACUUUCAGAAAGAUCCACUGUGGUGAUAAUAACCUAGUAAGUUUGCCGUUCAAUGGCAGAGUGAUAUCCUUUUUUACCGCAUAAACUGCAGACGAUACUUUGGGUGUAAAGUUGGUGUCUGUUUUGCUUUUGCAUGUGCACUUCAGUACAUUUAUUGAGGAUGGAUUCUAAUC